AUGGAUACCUCCUCAGUUCCUCAUCUUGACUACAGUCUGCAGUACCAGUGGUGCUCCGACUCGGACCUCUCCAGCAUCUCCUCCCCAGAGACACUUUCUCCUGUCCACUCCAUGGUCUCCAGCCUCUCUCCUGGCUACCAGCAGCUCCCACAGUGUACUCCCAAGGGAGCCAAGACCGGUUAUUCCCAAAGCCUCAAGUCCUCACCGUGCUCCUUGUCCGGACGUGGGCGCAGGACUGGGAGGCCCACUCGGAUCCGGAGCAAGCAGAGGGAGAGCGCCAGCGAAAAGGAGAAAUUAAGGAUGAGGGAUCUGACUAAGGCUCUACAUCACCUCAGAUCCUACCUUCCACCUUCAGUGGCACCUGCCGGACAAACUCUGACAAAGAUAGAAACCCUCCGACUCACCAUCCGCUACAUCUCCUACCUCUCAUCCCAGCUGGGCCUCAGCGAAGAGGUGCUGUUUCAGAGGAGGGAACAAGCAGACACCUCAGUCAGUGACACCUCCUCCCCUGACAUCCUCAGCUACUUCCAGAGUGCUUCCACAGGAGGACAAGUGACCCAGAGCCAGAAUCUGAUCCAGAGCAGCCUGUACCCAACACAAUGUUAUAGCCAGAAUACUGUGCAUUCUGGGAAUUGUAGUAUUGGAGUGGAUCAGCACCACAGACCGUACAAUGAAGCUCCCCAGAGAGAUAUGAGCAUGGACGGUAUCCUACAGUCGCCUCCAGUGCCACAGCCUUCCUGUCAGAUGUGUGGCAAAGACUUCUGCACCCCGCUGGUUCCAAGGGAGUACUGGGGUUGA